CACACACACACACACUUCUUUUUUUUGCAUGACAAAUAAUUUUUCUUUCUUUCUACAUUAAGGAUGAGUUUUCAUCUCAUUAAGUUUGCCAACGGGGACAUUGCUGUGGUCCCGGAAAAUUGGUGUGAUGACGGGAUGGUGUACUGGCCAAAAUAUAAAAACACCGAACGUGCCAAAAGGGCAGCGGCCAACAGUGAGACACCAGAGUCAAACUGGCCAAAAUAUGACAUCAUGGUCAUCAGAACUUGUGACAACUACAAAGAUGCCUGUAGGCUAAUGGAGAAGUACCAGACGGGCUGCAACACCACUGAUCUUCAGUCUGAGGCAGAGGAGGAGUGUGGGCCGCCAGAUAAACGACUAAGGAAGGCAGUGCAUCACUUUGGGGACUCUGAUGAGAGUGAAGAUGGUGGCCAAUUGCACUGGCAGACUCCAACAUCUCGCCGAGGGCCAGGCAGCAGCAGCAGAGUCUCUCUGCUCUCUGCACUUGAGGAAAACUGUCUCGCACCUCACCAUGGGGCAGGACCGCAACAACCGUUGCCAAAACAACUCCGGAGAGUUACUCAAGGAACGGCAGUCCCUCCUCUUCUCCCUCCACCCCCUCCACCCCCGACAUCAACCCUGAGCCUGCGGCCAACAGAGGAGCCUUCUUCCAUCCCCGCCAUCGGACCAACAUGGCGAGGGGGAAGAAUGAAUGAGUCCAUUCCCUGCUCUGUGGCUGAAGUGCACAUCCUGAACCUGCUGGAGACGAUUAAACAGCAGCAAGACCAGCUCGUGGCAAAGGUCAACUACCUCUGCAGCAGGAUGAACAGCACCCCGGGGACAGAAGUUGAGAUGCCUGAAAAUAUUAAUCUCCCGUUGGAACACCUGGAGGCAGUGGAGGAAUUUGAGGUGUUUUUAAAAGAACCCUCAAACCACCCAGCUCGACAGAGAAUAGUGAGUCUUCUUAAUAUGAAUGGUCCAUGCUAUAAUGCUAUUAGGUAUAUUGAUUGACCAUGAUUAUUGCAAGUAUUCUAUUGAAGCAGCACUAAACAGGCCUGUCCUGAACCCCCUUUUCCCAGAUUGUGUCAGUGAGCGACAGUCUACCGGUAUGACAUUGUGUGUAAGGUGGCACAUGUCCAUGAGAGUGUGAGCCAAGUACAUGUUUAGAAAAAGAACAAUUCAAGGGAACAGGAUUUUUUUCUUGAGAGCAAAUAGUACAAAUAUAGACGUUUUUCUUUUUCUACAUUUCGGGAUGCAUAAGCUUAGAAUUGUUUACCUUGCUGAUAUUUA